CAGGCGCAUGGGUUUUAUGGAACUGUUCACGUUGCAGCCAUUCUCGGUGCAAAUCCUCUAGAAACAAGGCCAACAGAAGACGACGAAACCCCAUACUCAUCGGGAACUGCUGUGCAUCAAACCCCAUCCCCCUCUCUCUCUCUCUCUCUCUCUCUCUCUACAUCAGCAGUCACUGCUCUGCUCUGACCGCCUUCUCUCUUCUUCGUCUUCUUCCGAAUCCAGCCGAAGCAUCAACUUAAAACCUCUUCGGCAUCCCUGUAAGGCUGUCUGUUGAAUUGUAUGCAAUGGGAUUGUUAACAAGUUCUCUGCCACCAAUAUGCCCGAGAGAUAAGCAUUGCUCGGAAUGGGCAAGACAGUAUAUUAAGUAUUGUCUGUGCGACGUGAGAGAUGGAGUAUCACUGGCACUGGGAUUAGUGAGUGUAAUCAGCUGGGGUGUUGCUGAGAUUCCUCAAAUCAUCACCAACUACAGGAAAAAAUCAACUGAGGGCCUCUCUAUCGCCUUCCUCAUGACUUGGAUUGUCGGAGAUCUGUUCAAUUCUUUUGGCUGCAUGCUGGAACCAGCCACUCUCCCAACACAAUUCUAUAUGGCAAUAUUAUUUACGUUGACUACCUUGGUUCUCGCUGGUCAAACAAUAUACUAUGGCCAUAUCUAUCAUCGGCUGAAAUCCAAUAGACCAAGCCACAAGACCGAGGCAGUAGAAAAGAGAAUACCAUGCAGUGGUGUUGCCAAGAAACAAGACAACAAUGUAGACAGAUGGGGAAAUGCAAUCGAUGACUUUGGGUUAGGAGUUGCUCAGAGUUCACCUAUUCCACUUCCAGGCGUCCCUCGUAGUAGUUCACUUGAAAGAGAACUAUACUACAUGUCAGCGAGAUCACUGACAAGGAGUCAUACUCCUACAUCAGGAUCUUUUCUAGCACAGAGAAUAACUCUUACAACAUUGUCUCGUCAGAAUACCUUUGAAGAGCCCUUGCUUGGUGGGCUUGCAUCUACACAGUCUGCACCUCCUUCAAACAAUAAAACCAUGCUAUGUGCAUUCUCUGCUGUAACAUUCUUCCUUGGCACUUUAAAUCUGCACCUAACGGAAAGCAACGGGCUUCGCAUGGUUUCUGGAAAGCGGUACAAAGGUGUUGUAAUGCAAGUGGGAAGAAAGCUUUUACAGGUAAGUGGUGGUUUUAUGGAAGAAACUAGGGGUGCAGGGAGCAGUAGAAUUGGAACCUUGCUUGGUUGGGGAAUGGCAGCCAUUUACAUGGGUGGACGGCUUCCACAAAUUUGCUUAAAUAUUAGAAGAGGCCAUUUGGAGGGGCUUAGUCCAUUUAUGUUUAUUUUUGCUCUGGUGGGGAAUAUAACAUAUGUAGCGAGUAUACUUGUGAGUAGCUUGGAUUGGUCAAAACUAAGUGCAAAUCUACCAUGGCUGGUCGAUGCCGGAGGAUGUGUGGUUCUUGAUACUUUUAUACUAAUUCAGUUCAUAUAUUUCCACCAUCGAGCAUUGCAAGAUGAUGACGUUAACGUCAAAAGCUCCAAUCAUACUUAGAUGAUGAAGAAACAAAAUAUUUUCAAGGGCAUUGGUUCGAGCACACAGAAUCCAAUCACAGUUGAGGAGCUGAUUAAAUGGGCGCCCACGGUGGGCUUGCUACAAGCUCAGUUGGACCAAUCCGAGGACAUCCAAAUGUGAAAGUUCCCCUGACCGUAGACGGAAUUAGCUCAAUCAGCUCGUAGUUUUGUUUUGUUCAGAAGCUUUAUCUAGUGCAAUUGCUUUUGAUGUUUUCCCAUGAUUUAGAGCAGAGGAGUCUUGUUCUCUCUGCUCUUGAGUUUCUUUUAUGGAGGUUGAUCUUUUCUAAACAAACUACAAGCUUGUGUUUCCUUUUAGGGUUCAGAAAUUAUUGCUGGCCUGAUGCGUCAAUUUUGUUUGCUGCAGAGAUUUUUUUGUGCAAAACUUGAAAGUUGAUGGUCUAUUUGAGUACCUGUGCUAUCUCCCUGUAAUUGAAGCUAUAAUGCAUCCUGAUGGUUGCUA